AUGAAGCGAAGCGCUGCAAGGAUGAUCCACAACGAGCGACAGAGCUGUGAAAGCGAUUGUUUACUUGUGCAAAUGAAUGGUGCAACGGCGCUCGAGGGUGAGGAAGACGUGACGAGAGGUCAGUGCUUUUGA